GGGCGUGGCUUAGAUCAAUGAUGACCGCCUCACUGUAGUCAACUGUAUAUAUAUAAAAAAAAAAAGACAUCAAAAAUCACUGUCCUGACAGGUCCGAAAGCAAAUACCUCUGCUGCCCACGCUGGACAACUCCAGCUUCUUUGAGGAAAAGACUGAACGUGCGCAGCAGCUUCACACUUCCACCGGAGGAAAUGAGUUGGCGACGCGCUGAUCUGAAGGAGGUGCGACCUGAAAUGACUGUUUGAUCGUCCCUCUGCCUGCCUCGCCUCCACCACUAAACCCGGGAAGGUUUCCGUGCAGGAGCGGAUGAAACAACCAGUUGAGAGGGUCGAUGGAUAAAAGGUGAACGGAGGGGAUACACCAGCUGGAUUCGUCGGUGAAGUAAACUCAUGCAGGAGAUCACAGCCUGGCUGCUUCAUCAGGAUUGCUACUGCCUUACGUAACGUUAACUGAGCUUUGUGGAGGUACUGGCAGCAGGAAACUGCUGGUGCCGAGCUGUUUAAUCACAGCGAGGAAACGCAGGUGAACAGAGAGGAGUACAGUCACAAGUUUGUCCAUCCACUCUCCAUUCACUCAGCAUGAUUGGUGAAGGCGCUGUCUCUCAUCGCCAGUGAGUACGUCGAGAUGAAUGAGGGCCACAGGCAGGGAGGAGGGGCUAUCACUGUGGAGGCCGAUGUCAUCCUCCACGCCGUGAACCCUGAACUUGUCACGCCUUCUGACAAAGAUGGAAAUUUAUGUCCAGGGUACAUCCAAGGAUUCCUGCAGGACGACCAGGAUUUCAGCCCUCCUGCAGUGUUUGAGAAGGAAUACCUGCUGGAUGGAAGACUGAUGGAGAAUAACCACAUCGACCAUCAGAAAGAUAACGGCUCGUACAUCUCAACAGCUGAUCAGUUUCACCUCUCCAAUGAUAAAGGAGCUCCGCAACAAAAUUGUGCAAGCAGUGAAAUCCACAAUGGCGCCAGAGCUAAAGUGUCUUACAGUGGAGAUUCCUCCGUAUGCUUGCCAAGCCAAGCCAAACAGGAAACUGAUUGGUCAGUCUUAAAAUCAAACCUCGAGUGCAGCGACCGCAGCCAGGAAGCUGGAAAUGCACAGUCUCAAAAAGAGCCUGAUUUAGUCAUCGAAGUCGGCGGGCAGAAGAUCAACGCUCACAAGUCUGUCCUGGCAGAGAAGAGUGACUACUUCAAAGCACGGCUGUCACGAGACAUCCUCAAAGUGAAGGGAGUGAGUUACAAGACUUUGUCUACAUUAAUAGACUAUGUUUACACUUCUCAGAUGAAUGUUUGCAAGGGCAAUGUUGUAGAUGUCAUCACAGGGGCUAAAAUCCUCCAGAUCCCCUGUGCCGUCCAGGCGGCCAUGGACUGCAUGUCUGAACAAAUCAGUGCAGAGAACUGCUACGAGAUCCUGACCAUCGCCAAGAAGCAGCGACUUAGUGAACUGAAGGAGACUGCCUACGGAUUCAUGAGCGACAACUUCCUGCAGAUCCUCAAAGACCCCUCUGUGUACGGGCGCCUGAAUGGAUCUGAGCGGGAUCUGAUCCUGAAGAAGAGAAUGGAGGGAAGGAAGACUCUGAUGGUGGCAGAGAUAAACGAUGUGUUUGAUCGUGUCGGGAGCCGGCCGCCGAGCCGCUGCGGCAGCCGACCACAGAGCCCAUUGUCGGUUGGGUCUUUGGAGGAGAAUCAUAUGAUUUAUUACUUUAACGAAACAGCAAAUGACUGGAGACCUUUAACUGCGAUGCCUGAGGACAUAAACACUAAAGGGUGUGGGAUCUGCACCAUGUUUAACUACCUGUUUGUGGCAGGGGGGAUAAAGGGCUACGGGGACAAGGGCAAGGUUUCAGACAAGGUCUUCUGUUACAACCCCAUAACCAACCGCUGGACUGAGGUCAGACCUCUGACCCAAGCUCGUGCCCAACUAAAGCUUGUGUCUAUGGAUGGCUACUUGUACGCCAUCGGAGGGGAAUGUUUGUUUACAGUGGAAAAAUAUGACCCCCGCAUGGACCGCUGGACCACCGUGGCCCCCUUGCCCAAGGGAGCCUUCGCAGUGGCCCACGAAGCCACAACCUGCAGCGGAGAACUUUACGUUUCAGGGGGUUCUCUCUUCUACCGCCUUCUUAAGUACGACACCAAGAGAGACGAGUGGCAGGAGUGCCCCUUCAACAACAGCAGAAAGAAGUCCAGCGACAUGGUGGCUUUCAAAAGCUUCAUUUACCGCUUUGAUGUCAACCGAGAGCACGGGAUCACCGUGUUUAAGUACAACAGCAUAGUGAAAAUGUGGCACGAUUGCGCAUCGCAGAGGCUUGGAAGUCAUUUACCCUUCAGGUGUGCCGUGAUCGGGAACUGCAUCUACUGUGUGAACAAAAGCCAGACUCUUCAGUUUGUAGUGGAGGAGGAGAACGCCUACUUUGUUGAGGAGACACUGAGGGCGCCUCUGGAGGCAAAAGGCGUUCUUUUUCCUUUUGUUCUCACUUUGCCUGAAAAGCCUGAAAAAGUUACAUAGUGUGGAUGUGUGUGUGCGUGUGCAUGUGCGUGUGUGUGUGUACGUGUGUGUGUGGUCCAGAAUAACACUAUAAAUGUGUCAUAAUGAAACUGGAAUAAGCAGAAGACCUUAUAUACACUCUUCAAUGUCAGCUUUCUAUCUCAGUGUGUCAUUGCCUGCUUGCAAUGGAAUGUGUGUAUUUGCAUGGCAAUUUAUUGUGUCUGCAGGGUAAAGCCUUAAAAGGAACAGGUUUUUUUAGAGUGGAAUGAAUGCAACAAUAUUUGUAUGUGACCGUAGAUAAUGACAUAACGACAGUGACUGUAGGUUAUUUUGUGUAUUUCCUGUGUUCAGUUUGGUUUGGUGCACUUUUGUAGUUAGAAUAGAUAUUAUGAACAUAUUAACUAGUUGACUGAUAACAAAAACAAGUGUUUUGUUGAAAGUUGUAUAAAAAAAAAAAAGAAUGGAAGCAGUCGUAGUGCGCCUUAAGAAUGAUGCAACACAGGUUCUAUGCAAACGAGACAGAAUAUACAGUUGGGUCAGCUCUAAGGCUAUUUAAUAGUUAUACUAUAAUGGGAAUCUGACUGGGAAGGAAUACAGUAUUCUUCAAACUAUGGCUGCAACUAAUGAUUAUUUUCAUUAUUUUUGUGAUUAUUCGAUUGUUUGGUCAACAAAAUGACAGAUAAUAAUGAAAACGUAGUGUUAUAAUUCCGCACACCCCAAGAAGAUGUCUUGUUUUAUCAAACUAACAGUCCAAAACCAAAAGAUGUUUGGUUUACUGUUAUAUAUUAUAAAGAAAAUCCACACAUUUGAGAAAUUGGAAACGGCAAUGUUUGUGCCAUGUUUACCUGAAAAAUUAUGAAUCGAUUAUCAAAGUAGUAGUAGAUUAUUUUCUGUCGCUCAGGUAAUUGAUUAAUCAAUGAAUCGUUGCAGCUGUAAGUCGAACGCUGAUCUUCACUGGCUUUUAAUUAAACCCGUGAGGUCAAAUUGUAUUCUGUGAAAGAGCAACUGUAUCAGUCUCAAGCCACACAAAUAUUCCCUUUUGUAAAACAUCUAAACAGCAUGGUGUACCAUAACGUAAUUCACGGGACCUUUUUAGUCAAAGCAAAUUCUGCUCAGCUCAGUAUUUUCAAGGGAAAAAUACAAUCUUGCCAGAAAUAUAAAAUAAGAGGCUUCAGAUUUUUUGAAAAUGAAUUGGAAUUUGAACUGAUUUGAACUUUGAGUUUAAAAGUACAUAAAUAUUUAUUUUUUGGAUUUAGAAUAUGUUAUUUUGCAUACUCACGGGUAUCACAGUUCCUACAUUUAGCACAUUUGCCAAAGAUAAAUAACAAUUCAGUCAGGCUAAAAUAAAACUAUCAAAACUGACAAAGACUUGCUUCUUUUGAGGAUUAAGUUCCUUAUUAAAAGUGUUCCACUGACAGUCGAGUUAAAAAACUAAAGCAAUAGUUGUUUUUGUAGAGGAGGGGCAUCAUGUUUGCUGCUAACAGGCACUUUCUGGGAAGUUAAGGGAAAGCGAGCCAUUCAAAAUGCACAAAGAUGCAUCUCUUAUCUUUCUUUUCCUGUUUGUGUUUAGGGAAACACCAACAGAUCCAUGUUCAAGUGCUAGCAGGUUUCUUCCCAGGUCAAAUCAGAUACUACAGUACUGCAGCAUGGUUAGGUCAUGGCCCUCACUGUGUCCACAAACAAGAUAUCCUGCUGUCAUGACACUAAGAAACCAUGCUCCUCUUGCAUCAGUGCACAUUAAUACAAGUUUUACUCUAAAUGUCCUUUUAGACAUUUCACAGUAUUUGUUUGCUGCUGCAACAACAGUGGGAGUUUUGUAUGAAAGCUAAUGCUGAUAUAUUCUUGGAACAAAUGGCUUUUGACAACAUUUGUAGAAAUGUCUCCAGGCAGUCAAUGUGACGAGAACAAAAAUGGAUGUGGUUUUGAUAUUUUGCUGGCUGGCAUUUGUAUUUUUAUGAAUUUUUGUAUGGAUUUGGUAGUUUUGGAUUUGCUGCUUUGAUGGACAGUAAAGUAAUGCAAUGUUAGGCCGUGGCUUCCUGUACAAGGCAUAUGGAGUGGGGGAACAAAUUAGCUGUUGGAUAAUGUAUAUCAGUCAGAACUAAGUGCUUCAAAUAAAAUAUUUUGUGUCUGAAAAU